AUGAGGGCAUUGCACAAAUCGAAAAGGGUAUCGUGGCCACCAGAUUUUAAACUUUGUCAGGUGCGGUUGUUCAUAUCUGAGGAAUCACCUUCACAAGUUGGAUCAGAAUCUCAAGAUCACCUGCAAGCGAAGUCAUCUUCACAUCCAAAUGAUGAUAAUCUGCCACCUGGUUUUGGUGGACCUCUUUCUGCAGAUGGGUCGCAGAUUAAGUUAUCAGACAUCCCAGUAAUAAAGUGGAAAUGCUCUGUCCGGAUUCUGCUAGAUGAGGAAUGGAGAGUGGUUGCAGGGGACGAAAGCAAAGAAGUGGAGGCGGAGAAUCAGAGGGAAUUGAGAGUUCUUGAAGCAUUCUAUCCUGGCGCAUCAUCUAUUCCUCCAAACCCUUCGGUUCCAGCUGAUGUUGAGGACUCGCAUUAUGAUGACCAGCAAACCAUUGUCAUACCCAUUCUACCUGUAGAAGAUGAUGACAUAGUGAUGGAUUCGGCAUCUGAUCUCCCAAACCAAUUUGGCGUGGAAGUGGGAACUGAGCCAUCAGUAACCGAUGACAACACUCCAACUGUUGCAACGCUCCCUGUAGGGCCAGAAAUAAUGGCUGCAUUAUCUGCAAUUUCAAACAGUAAAGGACAAGGCUGCAGCAUGAUCGACCAAGAUUUGCUUAUUAAAAUCCUAAGCAACCCUAAGUUGGUCGAGAACCUUGUUGCAAAUCGUGGUGCAACUUCGGUCUCAUCCAACACAAGUAGCCUCUCACCUUCAACGCAUGAAGUCAAUGGAGUAGUAACCACAACACCAGCCUCCUCAAAUGGACAAUUUUACCCUCAGCCAACGGUAACUCAGACGCCUCCCAUGGUGUAUCCUCCUCCGGUUCCUUCAGACGAUCCCAACUAUGGAGCACCACCAGCAAGAGACGCUAGUUAUUACAAGAACUUGAUUCAGCAACAUGGCGGGGAAAGACAAGAGACUCCACCAGUUCAACAACAACAUCUUGGUUAUCGUUACAACCUCCAACAUGAAGGUGGACCUAUCCCUGAGAUGGUAGAUAGCAAUAAUAAUAACCAGAGGCCAAGGGAUCCAAAACCCAAGAUAAUGAAGCCUUGCAUGUACUUCAACAGCUCAAGGGGUUGUCGCCAUGGAGCUAACUGUUCAUACCAGCACGAUGCUGCAGCUUACCAGCCGAGGAAUCUAAACAACGGUAAUAUCAACACUUAUGAGACACAGAACGCAAAAAGAAUGAGAUUUGACAGAGACUGA